AAAAUAACGUUUCAAACAUUCUUCAACGCUCCCUUGGUUCUCUCCCUCGUUACUUUCUGCUUCGAUUUUAAGCUGCCACCCCCCCCUUUUUUUUUCACAAAACAAACAAUUCACACUCUCUAAAAUCACAUAUAAAUUUUUACCAGUCCUUCAAUUAUUUCCUUCAUUCUCAGCAAAACCCAAAACCCUCCUCUUUUUUUUUUCUCUAGAAGAUUCUCUCGUUUUCUUUUUCGUUUUUAUUUGUUGUCACUUUUAUCGCUGUAGGGUUUGGUGCGUACAGUUUAUAGGGUUUUUGUUGACAUUUCUGGUGGAAGAGAUCGUAGUGUUGGGGUUUAUUUGUUUUUUUGGGGAAGUGAAGUGCGAGAGAAAGAGAGGGGAGUUCAUUUAUUCUAUUUAUCUAUUUUUUAAAAAAUAUGGCGGCUGAGAGGCUUAAGGAUUUGAGUCAGCCGAUUGAUGUACCAUUACUUGAUGCUACGGUUGCAGCUUUUUAUGGCACCGGAUCUAAAGAAGAGAGAGCAACUGCAGAUCAGAUCUUACGAUAUCUGCAAAAUAAUCCAGAUAUGUGGCUUCAAGUUGUGCACAUCCUGCAGCAGACAAAGAGCCUGAAUACCAAAUUCUUUGCCUUGCAGGUUCUUGAAGGUGUUAUCAAGUAUAGGUGGAAUGCGUUGCCUGUUGAGCAGCGAGAUGGAAUGAAAAAUUACAUUUCUGAAGUCAUUGUCCAGUUGUCAAGUAACGAGGCCUCCUUCCGAGCAGAAAGGCUGUAUGUCAACAAGCUUAAUAUCAUACUGGUUCAGAUCUUAAAGCAUGAUUGGCCUGCUAGAUGGCAAAGCUUCAUUCCUGAUCUUGUUGCAGCUGCGAAAACUAGUGAAACAAUAUGCGAAAAUUGCAUGGCAAUACUGAAACUUCUAAGCGAAGAAGUUUUUGAUUUCUCAAGAGGUGAAAUGACUCAACAGAAAAUCAAAGAGCUUAAACAAUCGCUGAACAGUGAGUUUCAACUCAUUCAUGAGUUAUGCUUAUACGUGCUAUCAGCUUCUCAGAGAAUAGAGCUUAUACGGGCUACACUAUCCACCUUGCAUGCGUUUCUUUCCUGGAUUCCUCUGGGCUAUAUUUUUGAAUCAACUUUGUUGGAAACUCUCCUAAAGUUUUUCCCUGUGCCAUCAUCUCGGAAUCUCACACUCCAAUGUUUAACAGAGGUUGCAUCCCUAAACUUUGGGGACUAUUAUAAUGUGCAGUAUGUUAAGAUGUACAAUAUAUUCAUGGUCCAGCUGCAGACUAUUUUGCCACCAACUACAAACAUCCCUGAGGCUUAUGCACAUGGAAGCAGUGAGGAACAGGCAUUCAUUCAGAAUUUGGCACUGUUCUUCACUUCAUUCUACAAGUUUCACAUUCGGGUGCUAGAGUCUUCACAAGAAAAUAUUUCUGCGCUGUUAAUGGGUCUGGAAUAUCUUAUCAACAUAUCUUAUGUGGAUGACACAGAGGUCUUUAAGGUUUGCCUGGACUAUUGGAACUCCUUGAUCUUGGAGCUAUUUGACUCACAUCAUAACAUGGACAAUCCUGCUGUAACUGCAAACAUGAUGGGACUGCAGGUGUCUUUGCUUCCUGGUAUUGUUGAUGGCCUUUGUGCCCAGCUUCUGCAACGACGCCGACUUUAUGCUGGUACAAUGUCAAAGUUAAGAAUGCUUAUGAUCUGUCGUAUGGCUAAGCCUGAGGAGGUUCUGAUAGUUGAAGAUGAAAAUGGCAACAUUGUUCGAGAGACAAUGAAAGAUAAUGAUGUUCUUGUUCAAUAUAAGAUCAUGAGGGAGACUUUGAUCUAUUUGUCUCACCUAGAUCACGAGGAUACUGAAAAGCAGAUGCUAAAGAAAUUGAGCAAGCAAUUGAGUGGUGAGGAUUGGACUUGGAACAAUUUGAACACAUUAUGUUGGGCAAUAGGAUCCAUUUCUGGUUCCAUGAUGGAAGAGCAGGAAAAUAGGUUUUUGGUGAUGGUCAUUCGUGAUUUGCUGAAUUUGUGUGAAAUCACUAAAGGGAAAGACAAUAAAGCUGUUAUUGCUAGUAACAUAAUGUAUGUUGUUGGACAGUAUCCAAGGUUUUUAAGGGCUCACUGGAAGUUCCUGAAAACUGUUGUGAAUAAGUUGUUUGAGUUCAUGCACGAAACACAUCCUGGAGUUCAGGAUAUGGCCUGUGACACAUUCUUGAAAAUUGUUCAGAAAUGCAAGCGAAAAUUUGUGAUUGUUCAGGUUGGAGAAAAUGAACCAUUUGUUUCUGAACUUCUGUCUGCUCUUGCAACAACAGUUGCUGAUCUAGAGCCUCAUCAGAUUCAUUCCUUUUAUGAAUCUGUUGGUCAUAUGAUUCAAGCAGAAUCUGAUCCCCAUAAGAGGGAUGAAUACUUGCAGAGACUGAUGGCACUUCCCAACCAGAAAUGGGGUGAAAUUAUAGGGCAGGCACGUCAAAGUGUUGACUUCCUUAAAGAUCAGGAUGUGAUAAGGACUGUGCUGAACAUACUGCAGACAAAUACUAGUGUGGCCAGUUCUCUUGGAACAUAUUUCUUAUCUCAGAUUUCUUUAAUAUUCCUGGAUAUGCUCAAUGUGUACAGAAUGUACAGUGAGCUUAUAUCAAGUAGUAUUGCAGAAGGUGUACCCUUUGCUUCAAAAACAUCCUAUGUGAAACUUCUACGAUCUGUUAAGAGGGAGACUCUUAAGCUCAUUGAGACAUUUUUAGACAAGGCAGAAGAUCAACCGCAAAUUGGGAAACAAUUUGUGCCCCCAAUGAUGGAUCCAGUUCUUGGUGAUUAUGCUAGGAAUUUGCCAGAUGCUAGAGAGUCUGAAGUUUUAUCACUUUUUGCUACAAUAAUAAACAAGUACAAAGCUGCAAUGAUAGAUGAUGUUCCCCGUAUAUUUGAAGCUGUUUUCCAGUGCACGCUGGAGAUGAUAACCAAAAAUUUUGAAGAUUACCCGGAACAUCGCCUCAAGUUCUUUUCAUUGCUUCGUGCCAUUGCUACUCAUUGUUUCCCUGCACUUAUUCAGUUGUCAAGUCAGCAACUAAAGCUAGUUAUGGAUUCAAUCAUUUGGGCAUUUCGGCAUACAGAGAGGAAUAUUGCAGAAACUGGUUUAAAUCUUCUAUUGGAGAUGCUGAGAAACUUUCAGGCUUCUGAAUUUUGUAACCAGUUCUAUCGAACCUACUUUUUGACAAUUGAGCAAGAAAUAUUUGCCGUCUUGACAGACACAUUUCACAAACCUGGCUUCAAGUUGCAUGUCUUGAUUUUACAGCAGCUGUUCUGCCUGGUUGAGAAUGGUUUAUUGACUGAGCCUUUGUGGGAUGCUGCUACGGUUCCAUUUCAGUAUCCAAAUAAUGAAAUGUUUGUUCGUGAAUACACAAUAAAACUUCUUACUACAUCAUUCCCCAACAUGACUGCAGCUGAGGUCACUCAAUUAGUGAAUGGACUAUUUGAGUCGAGAAAUGAUUUGCCAACAUUUAAGAAUCACAUACGGGAUUUUCUUGUGCAAUCAAAAGAAUUUUCAGCUCAGGACAAUAAAGAUCUCUAUGCGGAAGAGGCUGCUGUACAGAGGGAAAAAGAGCGGCAACGGAUGCUUUCAAUCCCAGGUCUCAUAGCCCCAAACGAAAUACAAGAUGAGAUGUUGGACUCGUAGACGUGGCCUAAUUUUGCCUUAGCCAAGUUCUUAAGUUUUGACAUGGGAGUUAAGGUUGUGGCCGUAUCCCAGAAUAUAAACAGAUGCACCAUUUUUUGCCCAUUGUUACUCAUCUCUCCUUUAUCAAAAAUGGUGAGUCACGAAGUUGCCAUUGCUCACAAGUGCGGUUGCUAGAGAUGCUGCAUGUAUGUCAACUAGAAAAGUGUAGAACAUUUAGGUAGGGAUCUAUAUCUCUCUCUAUAUCCGAUCCUGAAUCGUAUUAUAGAAGUUCCAUAGCUACAGCUUGAUAUUUGUACCGUUUAGAUGACUGGUUUUGAAGUAAUGUUAGUUUCAUACAAGGUUAAAAAGGGAA